GCUGGCUGCUGCUAACGGAAAUUUAAAACGAUGUAGGCAUUGACAAAUUUGAGCUGGGCGGUAAUUUGUUACUCCGUCUCAGUCGCAAAACCACAGUUGCCACACUUUACAGUUUGAACUUUCCUUCGCCUUGAUUGCAUCUUUUGGACGGAUCGAUUGCUUUCUUUCAAACCUCUCGACCAACCAACCUAGAUCCCUGCUGGAUCUUGAUAGCCCAUUGUAGACUCGUAAUGAAAUGGACGAACCUGACUUCACUCAGACAAAGCCAGACACUUUGGAAUUAAAAGUAAAUUCGUCCAAAGUGCCACAUUCCGAACACGACUUUGAUGACAGUUUUGGCGACUUCCACGAUUUCGAAGCAGGAAACGACGAUUUUGGUGAUUUUGCUGCUGGUACAGCCACUUCUCCUCAGCCCGUCGAUGGCUUUGGAACCUAUCAGCACGACGCUAUUCCAAAGUCAGACUUUCAUGCAAGCGAGCUUGAUAUUCCUGUAGAUUCCUCAGUAAGCGAAGAAACCGGACAGGAGGUCCACAAAGAUGAAGAAGAUAUAGCCUCGCCAACUUUGGAAGCGCAAUUGACCAGAGAUGAAACAGUCCACGAGGAACAGGAUCGCGAAACCGAUAAAACAAAUUCUGGCAACGUGGACAGCGUUUCUGAACAUUAUGAGAGUGGUCGGAUUCAAGCUUCUUCCUCGGCCAACCAGACGAAUAUACCAGAACAAAUAUCAGUAGAGGCUGCACCCAUCGAUGACCAAGUAUCCAACGCGGACAGCGCAUCAUCCGCACCGUCACCUGUUUCAAAUGCCGAGGAAGAGUUUAGCGUCAAGGAUUAUGGGCCAACCUCAAAAUCUGAGACAGCGCCCAUGUCGGCUUUGACGCCGGUUGAGGCUGUGGGCCCGGUCAGCAAUGAAAACGAUAUUGCUGACGACAGCCAACCAUCAGGUUUUUCAGGCAGUACUGAAGAUGGAGUUUCUGUUGAACCUAGGAGCUUGAAGUAUACCAAUAGCAGCAUAGAAAAAGAAGAUUUGGGAGUACUCGACACAACUGAAAUCCCAGAUAAAGUUGAUGACUUUGAAACACCCAGUAUCAUUGACAACGAAGAAAGCGGCAAUGAAUUAAAAGGGUUCCAUGCUACUGGAGUACAGGCCGAAGAGGAUCAAUCUAAAUCGCUCGAUACUAGUAGUGGUUUUGAAAAGGCUGAUGACUUCGGACCACUGGAUGAUGUCCAAAACAAAGUCCAUGAAUCUAUCGAAACUACUGUCGAACAAGGUCACGAUCCUCAUAACCAUUUUGAUGAUGGCAAAGCAGAUGAAUUUGGAGGUUUCGACAAUGAUGACGAUCAAUUUGGUGCUGAUAAUGAAUUUGGAGGCUUCGACAAUGAUGACGAUCAGUUUGGUGAUGAUGAUGAAUUUGGAGGUUUCGACGAUAACGAUGAAUUUGGUGAUGCUGAUGACUUUGGAGCAUUCGAUGACAACGACGAUGAUGACCAUUUUGGUGAUUUUGAUAGAGAAAACAGCAAAGAGUCGCUAGCCACGUCUCCUAGCGAUAAUGUUGUACAUAACAAUCCACCGGUAGUUACACCUUUUCAAGAGGUACCAGUCAAUAUCAAAAAUGCUAUUGCUAUGAGCGACUUUGGCAAUCCGAAAGGGGCUUUUGAAGUAUGGGAUGCUGUUCUCACGCACAUGAUGCCAAACGCCAGGGACUAUGAUAGCCUUAACUUGGCUGAAGAACCACAAGCUGUCAAAGACUUUAUCAUGAAUGCUCACGAAUCUUUGUUACCAACCAUAACAUGGCAUGCUCUGACUGUCGAUACGGACGAUGAUAAUGGUAUACCGAAAGUACAAUGGAGAAAUUCUCGUAUUGAGAAACUGCAUCUUGAUGCCUUGAAGUGUUGGAGAGGAAAUGCCACUGCUUCACCUACUUUUAAGAGCCCCAAAUCCUUUUCGCAAAAGGGGAUGUCUCCGCCUACCUCUUCCCCCAAGAUGGUACCUAAUGAGACUGUGGAUUCUCAUAAAGUCACUUCACCAGUCAUCGAUAGCACCAAGGUGGAUAUAAUUAAGGAAAAGUCUUCUGUUCCAUCACCCAAAAAUCCCGUCGAGUCUUCAACCAUCACAAAGGUGUCAAGCAGUGAUAACAUCAGCAAUGCAUUGUCUUCAAAAAUGGAUGAAAUGCCAUCACCAAAACUGGGCAACCUUCCAAACCUUCCUAAAAUUGCCACGAGUAAGCUGCCACCUUCGGAUUCUGCACCUACUUCCGCAGCAAGUGUGAAAUCAUUGGACAUGCCAUCGAUAUCUCAUGUCGUGAAUCAAAUCGAGAGUAGUACGCGCCAAUCGUUGCAGCAGACAAGAUCACCCGUUCUACCUCGCCAAUCAGACUCGACGGAACGUCAAGCAUCCCUUGACUCUUCCAAUCGUCCACCAUCAACACCUGUACAGUCUCCAAAUCUUGUCAAAAGGCAGCAGUCAUAUAGUGAUGAGCGAGUACGGUCUCCAUCACCAACACCACAUACUCUUAGAACGAUGUCGGCGGCACGGCCACUGACACCAACAAGAUUCAACCCGCAAUCCCGGGUGUCUUCGCCAGGACCAACGACAGCAUCAACGCCUGAUGAAGCAUCUCCUAAAUUAAUGGCACAAUCCCCUCUGAAUAUGUCUGCAGAAGUACUUGAAACCUCAACAUCAGACUCAAGUUUAUCAUCGGAAAAGCAGCCUGCCAAACCGUUAUCUACAGAAUUGGUCAGUUCGCCGCCUGCCAUUGAGCAUGCACAAACAAUCUCAUCACCUUUCACGUCUCCACCAGUAUUUAAAUCCGAUACAAUGGAUUCUUGGUUGUCAUCGAAUGACAUGUCCUUUUUGGAUGCGCUGGGUGGCAGUACGAAGCCCACCCCUGGGUCAGUCAAUAGCGUAUCGCAGGGCCUGAAGGAUAGUUCUAUGGACAUAUUUGGUGGAUUUGAAAGUGCAACGGAGAAUGUCCCAUCGCCCAACAGAUCAUCAACGAUGCCUAACAUACUACAAAGUUCCAAUAUAUCACCAUCAUUUACGGAAUCUCCUUCUACACCUGAGAAGCCGAAACUACGCGAAAAUGAUUCCGUAGAUAAAGCCUCACCUAUCAAAUCAGCAUCAUUGCCACCAUUGAACGCAGCGACGAAUUCACCAAUACAUCCACAUUCCACUGUAUUCCCGAAUACAUCGCCUUCAGUAGCACUAGAGAAAAGAGAUUCAUGGCUUUCAUCGAAUGAUAUGUCGUUUUUAGAUUCGUUUGGAGAAUCCGUUGCGGUGAAGAAUGAAGGAAUAUCCUCCAACGAUGAGUUUUCCGACUUUGUUUCUCAGUCCCCGAGCACCAUUCCAGCCGGACAACCUAGAUCUCCAACACAGCCCUUCUCACGUUCGCCCCAUUUCACGUCCAGACAGCAGGCAAACAGGCCAUCGCAAGCCAGUUUAUCACCCGUGGCAACACCAACUGCGCCGGAGAAGCGAGACUCUUGGCUGUCAUCGAACGACAUUUCCUUUUUGGACACCUUGGGAAGUACUGGAGGCAACAUGACCAGCAAAACGAACAGCAAAUCCAAACAGAUCGGUCUUGGCAUCAUGGAUCUUGAUAUGUUUGAGGCAAAUGCUACGCAAUUUGGAGCCAGAGCUCGACCCACUCCGAGUGCUAACACAAAAGAUAGUGUGCCCUCACCUCAGUAUACCAUGCCUGGAGCACUGUCAUCCAGCUCGAAAUCUGGUCCAUCAUGGCCCAAUAUGGGAGGAGCAAGACAAAGUCAACCGCUAGCCCAUCUCCAAGGCCAGCCGAAGACCACUGCCCCGUCGCUUGGAAGCCAGAACUCGUUCGACGGCUUCGGAGGCUUUACAGGCUCCGUAGUGUCUGCACAACCUAUUCCCGCCGCCCAUCCUUCAUCGCCUGAAGAUGCCAAAUGGGAUAUCUUCAGAUCGGCCUCCAUGUCUGGAAGUCUGUCCGAGUGGUCGUCGUCACUGCGAUCGCCACCCACUGCUGAAAAAAUGCACCACCCACCCAUGCAACCGUCUCCCCACACUGCUGCCUCCGUGUCCACCGCCGCACCUCCGGCCCUUGACGAUUUCGGUGACUUCACUACGGCCGAUGAUUUUGGAGACUUUAGCUCUCCGGAUACCGCAUGGAACAACGCUUCGUCUGACGGCUGGUUGUAACAUGAGUUGUGUCUUUUAACCAACUUGUGAUGUACCAUAUAUUAGUUGUAUCAAAAUAAAAAGAAGAAAGGCCAGGUGGUUUUUAAUUAUCACUGAUAUAUUAAACAAAAGCGCCUGUGGUGUUUUCUUUGGUUUUUUGUAGCAGUAUGGUAGUAAAAAAAUUAUAAAAAAAUGGGGUGGAGGGC